GGUCUCUACUUUUACUUCCUGUCCCUGGUUUUGCCUGGAAGACGUCACCCUCACGUCGCCAUCAUCUUGUUGGAUUUACUGUGUGAUGAGCUCUAACUUUGUCACCUUUGCCUCCCUCCCGUCACUUAUAAAACCUCUGCCAACGUGCUGCUGCAGCAGCUUUGAGCGUUCCUCAUCCUUCACAGGUUUAAUGCUCUCUGGAGCAGCUUCCUGUGUGCAAACAGCCACAUGCAUGGAUAUCUUUAAAUUGGGAGAAACCCAUUACCAGCUUUUCCAGCUCGACCUGCCUGUCCCGAUGUAGAGGGUGGUGUCACAGUAGUCUGUGCCUGCACGUCCUGUGUUUUCUGCACAGAUCCUACAACUGAAAUCCUCGUCUUCACACCUAAAAUGGCUUUAAAUGGCAAAGUUGCAGUGGUGACCGGGGCUGCGAUGGGAAUAGGAAAAGCAAUAACGGAGAGGUUUCUACAGAGCAGUGCCAAGGUCGUCCUCUUGGACAUGAAUGAAACGGCAGCAAAGAGCCUGAUGCAGGAGCUCGUUGCACAACACGGAGACGACAGGCUUUUGUUUCUGAGCUGCAACGUUGCGUGUGACGACCAGAUGAAAGCUGCCUUUCAGAAAGUCACAGAAACCUUUGGAGGGAUCGACAUCGUGUGCAACAACGCCGGCAUUUUGGACGAGUGUGACUGGGAAAAAACUGUCUCCGUCAACCUGGGCGGCGUCAUCAGGGGGAGUUACGUGGCUCUGGAGCACAUGAACAAGCUGACGGGAGGUCGGGGGGGAGUCGUCAUCAACACGGCCUCUGUAGCAGGGGUCUUCCCUAUGGAAGCCUUUCCAGCCUACUCAGCAUCCAAGCACGGCGUGGUCGGCUUCACUCGCGCCCUGGCGGCCGCCUCCACAGCUUCAGGCUACGGCGUUCGGUUCAACGCCAUCUGCCCGGGCGCCGUCCAGACUCCGCUCUUGUCCGGGUUCAGAUCCAAAAUGGGACGCUUCGCCCACAUGGAACCUGCCGUCCACCAAGUCAUGACACAAACCGGGACCAUGAAACCGUGCGUCGUGGCCGAGUCCGUCCUGGCGCUGGUGAUGGAUGAAACCAGGAACGGAGAGGCCCUGAUGAUUCUGCAGGAGGGAAACGCGUACCUGAGCUUCCCUUCACUGUAGAGGCCAACGACUGGAGACCCGUCCACCUGCAGCCUCGGCUCCUUGAAGGGAACACAGACUCUGCAUGAAACGUGACGCGAUUCCAGUGUAGACGUCAUAAUAAAUGUGUUCACACAA